AAUCAAUCGUAAUGUUACACUUGACAAAAUAAAAUUUCAUUGACGAACUCUAUUGGUUACUUUCAUUGUAAUUGUUUAUACUAAUUGUAAAUAUUGUAAAAAUUAUUUUAAAGUACAUAAUUGUUCAUUGAAUUGACCGCUAAAUCGAUUUUGGUUGUAUAUAAUUAUAAGUAUUAUACUAUUAUCUAUCUCUUCUGCAUCUUAGUAUUUAUUACUACAUUAAAUAACUCACGUUAAAGAUCUACAAUUUGUACACUCACCUACAAGGGUUAUCAAAAAAAAAUAUCUAACUAGUUAAUUCGCUAUCUAUUUCCCUCUACAAAACCUUUAAUUAUUAGAAUAAGAUUUUACAUUGUUCACUGAUAAACAUAAUAUAAACGAUUAUUCGAUGAUUUAUAUUUUGUUGGUAAAAACGUAUGAUUUUUUUAUCAAUUGAAUUGUUUGAUUGCGAAUAAAAUAUUACCUAAAAAUCAUUUUAAACAUUUUCGUUUUUUUUAAUAUGUGAUUUACGGUGUGUACGAAAUACGAAGUUAAUUUAUUAUAUAUCCAAACUUUUGAGUAAGCAUGACUUUGCCAAAACAGGAAGAUGAACCGACUAAAUCGGUAGUGAAAAACGAAUUGAUUUUAGCCAAAACCAAUUUGAAAGGAGAUUGGCCGAAUAUUAUUUUAUUAUUAUUGUUUUACUUAAUGCAAGGGCUGCCACUAGGCUUAUACACUGCUAUUUCAAUUCUUCUACAAAACAAAAAAAAUAUAACUUACAAUGAUCAGGCUUUAUUUGGGAUGGCUACAUGGCCGUUUAGCCUAAAAUUAUUAUGGGCUCCUUUGGUAGAUUCAUUUUAUGUACGAAAAAUAGGUAGGCGCAAGUCUUGGCUCAUUCCAGUUCAGUUUUUAUUAGGAGCAUGCUUUUUUUAUAUGGCUAACAGUAUCGAUGACUUGUUACCUGAAAUGGGAAAACCAAACAUACUUAAGCUAACAGCUGUAGUUAUAUUAUGUACUUUCUUAGCUGCUACCCAAGAUAUAGUAGUGGAUGGUUGGGCAUUAAAUUUACUACAAAAAAACAAUGUGGGCUAUGCAUCUACAUGUGCUACAGUUGGUCAAGUAAUGGGUGCAACGUUGAGCGCCAUAUUCCUCAUUCUGUUUACAUCAGAGGACUUUAGUAAUAAGUAUUUAAGGAUAAUGCCUAGUGUAGGAGGAAUAAUGACUAUGAGAAGUUUAUUUCUGGUUUUGGCAAUUGUAUUUGUGGCAAUCACAGCAUUAAUUGCAAUUUUUAAAAACGAAAAAGAUUUCACAUUAGAGGAUAAUGAAAUUAAGCUUAAUACAUUUCAAAACUAUAUUCUUUUAUGGGACAUUUUUAAAUUACCCAGUAUUCGAAUAUUGGCAAUAGCAUUGUUGACAUGGAUGAUUGGAUUAUCUCCAAGUGAUGAAGUGGUGAACUUAAAACUUAUAGAUGUUGGUGUACCAAAAAAUAACAUUAUGAUUAUACAAACAGGAAUGAAUGUCAUGCAAAUUAUUAUACCAGUGAUUGCAGUAAAAUACACCACAGGUCCAAAACCAAUGAGCAUUUAUCUAAACAUUAUUCCCUUCAAAUUAUUUUGGAACUUCUCGUUUCUUAUAUUUGUUUAUUGUGCAUCAAAGCUACCAAAAAAUAACGGUGUCGUAGAUAUUCCAAUUUACUAUUAUGCGAUAUUAGUGUUGAUACAAUCAAUAAAUAUUAUCCAAUUUAAUAUAUUGAUAACAACUUUAGUAGCUUUUUAUUGUCGAAUAAGUGAUGAUCGUUUUGGUGGUACAUACAUGACUUUAUUGAACACUCUUUCAAAUUUAGGACGCCAAUUGGCAAAAACGGUUUUAUAUAGCUCAAUUGAUUUAUUAACAGUCAAAGAAUGCACAUUUGAUUCAAAAAAUAAUUGUUCUACUUCGCAUCUUCAAAAUGUGUGUAAAUCGAAUGGAGGGGAUUGUAUGACAAUAGUUAAUGGAUAUUACGUUGAAACAAUUGUAUUUACAAUUUUUGGAUUCAUCUGGUAUAGUAUUUUUAAAAAUAUAAUCAAACAACUGCAAUGUAAGAGUCCAUCUGAUUGGAAAGUUAAGAUGAAUAUUCAAGAACCAGAAAAUUACCUAAAUUCUUAAGUUUAAAAUUAUUUUUCUUUAUUACGUACAUAUUGAAAUAAAUAUAAAAAUAUUUUUAAUAAAUA